AUGUAUUUUGAGCAGAUGCAGAGACAGUUUGAGGACCUUGGUCGACGUAUACCUGGCUGCGGUGGUGGCUCGUUGCCUACACGAACGCAACAACAAAUCUGGGCUGCCCUACAGCAUCACCUUCUUCUCGCGACUGCUGAUGUCCUGGCACGAUCAAAAAACUUGGAUUUAUUGGAUGAGUAUUUUUACUCUUACGCACGAAUUUAUGUGGAAUUAACUGGCGCCAGUGCCUUGAAUAGACUUUCCUAUCAGUACCUUCCCUUACAAAUACAAACGUAUCCUGACGAAGCUUUCUUUCUGUCCUUCUCCUUUCUCAUUGCAUUCUACAGACUUUGCCUCUUGUUCAUCGAACCUAAUACGAAUUUUUCAGGUUCUCUUCUCUCCUUGCUGUAUUACGCAAGAACGCACCAACUCUUCAGCGUAGUACAGAAGAAACUCGUCAAGACCAGCAUUUAACUUGGAGCUUCGUCCAAGAGUUUGUAGAUGCGUGGAGUCUGCCAGUCGCUGAAGUCCUCAAUUGGUGCCAGCAACGACCACAAUAUCCACUUGAUUAUGAUGAAGAUGAAUCGAUCUUCUCAAGAAUCGUUGUCCGAUUCGAUCUUCAUCGACUUUGAUAGAAUGAAUACUUCACUACAAAAAUCUAGACUAUUAGAUAUACGUCCUACUAACUUUUGCUCUUCCCCAGUACUUUUGAACAAAAGUAGACUUACCUCUUCUCGUCCUCAGGAGUUUCUUUCACUAGUCGUGUUCAUAAAUGAUUUGUUAAUUGAUAGUUUAUAGUUAGUGAAAAUGCAGUUACUAAGCGUGCUCUAACAAUAGUUGCACGUGAAUCUGAUUUGCUAUCUGGAACCAGCUGAUCCCAAACCGACGAUUCACGAACUGCAAACCUAUCUGUGCACUUUGGCGCAGAGCGAAUUGGAACAAUGAAUUGCAAACCUAUUUGUGCACUUUGGCGCAGAGCGAAUCGGAACAAUGAGCUGGCGCAAAGCGGAUCUGAGGAACAGUUGUCAAGCAAGGCUUCAUCUCUACUCACUGAUAAUUUACCGAAUGAAUCACUUACAAAGUUGUACUAGUAUUAAGAGAAGGUUAAAGGUGCUUUUGUUCUUACCGCUUUUUAUGCCUCUCCUAAGGGAGAAAGGCAUAACAAGCGGGGUAAGCGAGCACCAAAAACCUACCUCUAAUAGUACUACCUUCUUCCUUACAAGAAUAAUGCACUCCCUUCUUCAUCUUUAGGAGGGAACAAACAAGAAACUUCAAAUUCAUGAAAACCACAAACAACAACAUUUCGAUUUCCACUAUGAUAUCCACUACAUCAGCGUGACUGUGAGUAUACAAAGCAGCAGGAUCAUCAAAGGACUACGAGAACAACCUCUAGCUACUAGAUUAAAGAUGAAAACAAGGAAUGAUAAUUGUGACAAUCACGCACCAGUGAUUCUCCGGUACCGAUUUGAU